AAGGAGAGAGAUCUUCUCACUCCAUAUUAUAUACAAGUAGAUACCUGCAUUGUGAUGCACCAGCAACCAGAAUCCCAAUCCAUGGCUACAGACAAUGUCUACGUUCUCUUCUACUUAUUGGCCUUCCUAUGCAUUCAACCCAACGUCUGCGACGGAGCUCUAACCUCGGGCUGCAUCCCUGCCGAAAGAAGUGCUCUACUUGGGUUCAAACGAGGCCUGAAAGAUCCUACCAACAGGCUGUCCUCUUGGGUGGGUAAAGACUGCUGCAAAUGGGAGGGUGUGACGUGCAGCAAUCAUACUGGGCAUGUCGUGAAGCUGGACCUCCACAAUCCGCAUCCUUUCUCCGAUUUUGAUGAUGAGCCAUACAACAACUGGACCUUAGGAGGUGAGUUGAGGCCUUCUUUACUUGGUCUGAAACACCUGAAGUACCUGGACCUAAGCAUGAACGAUUUUGGAGGCAUUAAUAUUCCAGAAUUCGUGGGGUCAUUCCAUCGACUCCAAUAUCUUAACCUCUCCAGUGCUGGAUUGGGUGGAGUGCUGCCUCACCAGUUGGGUAAUCUCUCCAAUCUGCAGUAUCUAGACUUGUCCAAUGACUUGGAUCACAGUUUUGUGGUUCCGGUCAAUAAAUUUAGCAUUGGUGAUGCACUCUGGAUUUCUCACCUUUCUUCUCUAAAGCAUCUCAACCUGAAUAAGGUUAAGUUUCAAAAUGGUACUCACUGGCUGGAAGCUCUGAACAUGCUUCCUUCUAUCGUGGAGAUAUACUUAUCUGACUGUGAAAUUCCAAGUGUUCCCCUCUCUCUUCCACUUGUGAACUUUACAUCACUGUCUGUUCUUGAUUUAUCUGAGAAUUUCAUUGACUCUACGAUACCCUCUUGGUUAUCCAACAUAAGUGGCCUUGAGUACCUUGAUAUCAGUUGGAACAGCCUUCAGGGUAAUAUUCCACCAGCCUUUGGUAACUUGGCUUCCCUCAAGAACCUUAAUUUAGCUAACAAUUUUCAUCUUCAAGGAGGAAUACCAACUUCCUUCAAAAAUCUGUGCAAGUUGCAGAAUUUAAUAUUGUCAGGCAUCAAUAUCAGCAAAGAUUUGUUAGAACUCGAUGAAUUUUUUUCUGGUUGCGUCAAGAUGAGCCUAGAGGUUCUAAGCUUAGCCAGAACGAAUAUUAGUGGGCAGUUGCCUGAAUGGUUAUUCCAACUAGCGUCACUCCAAGAGCUCUCUCUUGGUCAAAAUCAACUGAAUGGAACUAUACCAGAAAGCUUGGGACAGCUGUCUCAGCUAGUUGUUUUGAACCUUUGGUACAACCAUUUGGAGGGUGUAAUGUCUGAGGCGCAUUUUGGAAGCCUCACAGAAUUGAAAUACUUAAUUUUGUCGUCCAACUCCUUGGCUCUGAAGGUCGAGAGCAAUUGGCUUCCUCCCUUCCGGCUUGAAUUCCUUUGGAUGGGCUCCUGCAAACUGGGUCCUGAGUUCCCUUCAUGGCUCCGGUCUCAAAUAAAUAUUUCACACAUUGUUAUGUCUAAUGCAAGUAUUAUUGAUGCUAUGCCAAACUGGUUUUGGAGCUUAAUUUCCACAGCAGAGUUCGUGAGUGUCUCCGGCAAUCAGAUCAGUGGCCACGUACCCAAUUUAUUGCAUUUAAAGAAACUCUUUCGGUUGGAUUUAAGUUCAAACUACUUCGAGGGUCCUCUUCCGUAUUUUCCUCCUGGAUUGGAAGCUUUAGAUCUAUCAAACAAUUCAUUCUCGGGAAUAAUUUGACUUGACAUCAUCAUGAAUAUGCCUUACCUCACAUAUUUAUCGCUUUCAAAAAUUAAUUUAAGUGACCAAAUUCCCUUUUCUGUAUGCCAAUUGCAGGCCUUAUGGGUUCUUGAUCUUUCAAAAAAAUAUGUUGUCAGGAGAGAUCCCCAAUUGUUGGAAUAAUUCUUCCCGUAUUAAAGUUAUAGAUUUUUCAAGCAACAACAUAUCUGGAAUUAUUCCUAAGUCAAUAUGUUCCAUAGCAUCACUCCAGUCGUUGCACUUGAACAAUAAUAGUCUAUUCGAAGAGUUGCCCCUGUCCUUGAAAGAUUGUACGAAAUUAGUCAUUCUUGAUGCUGGACAUAAUGAUUUGAAAGGUGAAAUUCCAACUUGGAUUGGCGAAAGUUUAACUAGUCUGAGGUUCCUCAAUCUACGAUCAAAUAUGUUGGACGGAGAUAUUCCUCCAAAUCUUUCAAAAUUAAGUGCUCUCCAAUUUCUCGACCUUGCAGAUAAUAAGCUGUCGGGAACUAUUCCAAGGAGCUUUGGAAAUUUUACUGCCAUGAAAGUUGUUGGAAAGUUUUCCAGUAGGAUGACAGAUGCAAUGAGUUACGAGGAGCAGAUGCUAGUAACAACUAAAGGACGAACUCAAGACUAUGAGAAGUCACUUUCGCUUAUGAAUAUUUUGGACCUCUCCGAUAAUAACUUAUUUGGAGAAGUACUCGAAGAACUCGUAAGUCUUUUUGGCUUAUUCAGUUUAAAUUUAUCCGGAAAAUCAUUUCACUGGAGAAAUUAUUGAAAAUAUCAGUAAAUUACAACAGUUGGAGUCCCUUCACUUGUCAAGGAACAACUUUUCUGGCACAAUUCCUUCUGGCCUCGCUGCUCUGACUUAUUUGGCUCACUUAAACCUCUCAUACAACAACUUGUCAGGGGAAAUUCCUCUUGGUAAUCAACUUCUGACAUUCACUGAUCCAUCUAUCUAUAUUGGCAAUCCUGGUCUUUGUGGAUUUCCUCUGAAUCAAAGUUGUAAAAACAGUGAGACAACACAAGGUCAAAAUAAUGAAGAUGAUAGAGAUGAGAAUGAGAUGAUAUGGUUCUACACCAGCAUGGCACCAGGAUUUGUUGUUGGUUUCUGGGCAGUCUCGGGUACCUUAAUACUUAACAAGAAUUGGAAUCUUUACUACUUCCGAUUUAUAGACAAUAUGCUUGACAAAGUAUAUGUGUUUACCGUACUGAAGGUUUCUAGGAUCAGAAAACGUUGUUGUUCCCAGCAAGAAUGAUAAAUUUGAACAUCAAUAUCUGCUGUAUGAGAGUUCAUCUCAUUAAUAUCAUAUCAUCAGCUUGAAUAAAUUUUCUACUUCUGAAUACUUCUGGACUUAUACAAGUAAGUCAUGCACUCUCAAUUUUGAUCAUUUCUGUCAAAAUCGUAAUACCAUAUGAAGUGUUCUAAUUUUGGGGAUUGUCAGAAAGUUUGCACCUUUUAAUUAGUUUUUUUAAAAUAGACACCCCUUUUUUAGUUGUGAAAGGAGGUUAAAACUUUUACGAAGAUAUAGAUAAAAUUUAUGGUUUUAUUUUCUUUCCUUUUUCUUUUGAUGUCCAAAUCAGAAGUUAAAAAGAUAACUUUUUUUUCUCAGUUUAUAGUAUCUGCUUUCAUCCUCUAUUUUCCCAAGUUUAUGAUAUCUACUUUUAUCAAAUAUGCAUUUGCAUGUCUUGUUCUUCCCAACUAUUACGCGGCAAGACUGACACAAUUGCAAUCACAAGCUCUGCUGUAAAAGAUUUGGCCAUCUUAUUCGAUUAAUUUGACUCUUAAUGAACUUAUGCAUAGGUGUUUUAUAUCAUACAUUACUCUUGCUUAUGAUCUACUAAUGUAAUGAUCCUUUUGUUUGAGAUUCUUGUCUUCAUCAAUCAAAUACAAAUUGGAUGCAUCAUAAGCUCAAGUCCACCAAAUGUGCUGCUGCAUGGAUUUUCUUGGAUCUCAUGCUCAGAUCUUUUCAGUUGAUGAGUCUCCCGUUAAUGGCGGACAUGCUGCUGCAGCUGAUGGAAUUGGGCCGAAGAGGCUCUCACAUGCAUGUCAAUGUGACAAGGAUGAUAUGUGCACGCAAGAACGAUCCAUUUAUGGCCACCUUCAAAAUUCAUGUGAGAUGUCAUAUGCUUUGUUGUUGUUGUUGCUAUUGUGGAAAAGUCAAAUGAGAUGGACAGAUCAAUUAGCCCCCAGAUUGGACAACUAUCAUCAUAUUGUAUCUGCUGAUGGUGCUGAUGCCUCGAGUGUUAGGAGUUUUUGUUGUUUGUGGGGGAAGAAAACUUUUUCUCUGCGAGUGUGGGUGGUGAUGAUUGAUGAUGAUGAUGAUCAUGUGUUGUAUGGCUUCCGAUGCAGGAUGCCAGGGGAAAUGAUGUGGAUCUUAGCAUUUACAAUGGGAAGGUCUUGCUGAUUGUCAAUGUUGCAUCUCAAUGGAAACAAAAAACUGCUAAAGGGCAUGAAGAAUGUAGAGUUAAGGUGCAGCUUACCUUGAUAUAUUCAGUGCUUGUGUGAAUUGAGGGUAGUGAUGAACCAAGGAAGUUUGUAGUUCUCCAUCUAUCCACACCUGCAGAUUGUGCUGAAGAGUGUACCAGCCUUGAUCACCCAUCCCAAGGCAUUGUAGCCUGAGCUCCGGGCAGUUACUGAUGCUAAAAAAUUGAAGUUUGCUUGGAAAACCAUCAUUUGGCAAGCACAAGAGGCCAGGACAGUCUGAGAUCUCGAGACGUGCAAGUGAGGCCGUGUUUAUGAGGCCAACUGGUAAAUACAUGAGAUGCCUGCAGUUUUCGAUCUCCAAGUCCUCUAACUUUAUUAGUUUUGCAGUCCUUUGGGAAGAGUAUGGAGCUCAGGGCAGUGCUUGAUGGCCAAGUACAACAGGCCGGUCGGGAGCCAAUCAUCCGGUAAUGAUAACAAUUGAUUGCAGUCACUAAUUUCCAAUCGACGGAUCAAAGCAUGGGAACCUUGUAUAUUGAAAGGAAAGGUUCUCCGUUGCAGUCCACUGAGAGUCAGGGAGGGAAGCAAGGAAACAACAGACCAGGAACUCCAAAUCCAGUCAUCAGUAGUCUUCACUUCUAGUGAUUUGAGUGCUGGGAAGUCAGAUAGGCCAGCAAAACUUCGGGAUGCUUCUAUCACCAACUUCGUCAAAGCAGGAAAUUUGUGCUUUAAUUGGUCAAGAGCAAAGCAGUCCUUGAUAACAAGCUCACGAAGAGAAGGCAAAACACAGUCAUCAGCACCACACCAUUCUUCCAGUCCUGACAUUGUUUCUAGAUGUAGCUUCUCCAAUGAUGGAAACCUUUGCUUGUUACUGCCACAAAAUGAGCAGUCAAGGUGCUGCACCUGAUGCAUUUCUUUUAUGUAUAGAUAUUUAAGCUUCGGUAAUUGGCCAAGUGGUGGGAGGUUAAAACAAUUAUCACAGUUGCAGAUCCAUAAGGUGACUAGAUUGGAGAAGGAAGGAUCUCCUACCCAAGUUGGAAAUGAUGUUCCUCCAUACCCAACUAUUCCAAGCUCUUUCAGUUCCAUGUCAACUCCAGCCUGUUGAUGUGUUCCUUGCUCAUGAGGUUUGCUUCAACAGCAUCUGCUGCCUUGAAAACAAGAUCAAGUCUUGCAAUGAGAAGUUCACCAUGGAGAUUGUUCAAGUCCCUCAACUGAGAUAAACCACAGUGAAGCCUUGUGCUCACAAUAUAUCUUGAAAGUGUUUGAAGAUCAGUUAACAAUCCAAUAUCUGGUGGCAUAAAUCUCAAAUUGCCUCUUGUGUGCGUUCCUUCCGGCGCCAAUGUCAUUCUUGAAUUACCAUCAAGAUGUAGAUCAAGAUUCCGUAACUUGCGCAGAUUCCUUGUAUCCUUUGGAAGCUCUUCAAGAAAAUAGCAAUUCCUAAGUACCAAGGUUUGCAGGUUGUAGAGGUGAGACACAGAUUCAGGCAGUCUAAUGAUAUUUGUGUUCUGUAGUUGGAGACCGCGCAGAUGCUUCAGAUUACCGAUUGAUUCAGGCAGCAGAGCCAAUCCCAAAUUGCUUAGAUUUAGAGUGCGUAGGCUCUGAAGUCUACCGGCAAGAUCAUCAGGAACAGCCAUCAGGUAACUCAUAGAGCUGCCAACCAGGAUUAGUGUAUGCAAGCCUUUGCAUUUAUAAACUUCCUCAGAUAGAUUGUUUUCUCCCCUUAACCGAGGUGAUAUGUUUGAGAUGUUUUGAUCAAAUAGGUCAUAUUUCAGUGAUAAAUGGCGAAUGCUGGCAGAGCCAAACCAGCCUUUGCCAGGCUCCACGACAGAACAUUCCUCGGCUGCUAUAUGUCGGGCAAAUUCAUGAACAACAUCAUGCAUGAUGUACCUAGAGGUGUUUGUUGAAUUCUGGACUUGAAGAGGAGAUGGUAGCUGAGCAAUCACACACUGUGAAGGUGUGGUUAGAACUGCUUUGCCAUUAAGAUGAAGUUUGGGAAGCUAACAUGGUUGACUCAGUCUGCCGUGGAAUCUUUAUCAUACAAGGGAGUGCUCAGAGUGUCGGAAUGAUGGGUUAACUAGUUUGUCAAUUUUAUUAAGCUCAAACUAUUGAUUAAAAUACUUCAAUUAAAAUUUUAGCAGUACACCCAUCAAAUCUUUGUAAGUCUAUCUUAGUCUUGCCCACUUCUGACAUGGGACUAAUCGGGAUGUUUCAAGCUCCCUCACUUAAGGCUAAGAUUAUUAUCGUUUUCUUUC